GCCUCAGGUUGGGCUCGCAGCGGCUGCCAUCUUGGUCGAGGGACGGAGGAGCUGCUGCGCCGCUGUGCCCGGGCUUUCUUAAUCCAUCAAGAAAAGGCAACCAACAGUGAUUUAAACAUCUUGAUCUAUAAGAUUCAAGAUCCAGCCCGUAUUAUGGCUGGCAGUGGGUCCAGAUCAGGACCAUCCAGUGGGUUUUCCAUGAAAUCACAGCUUCAGAUCACUGUUAUUUCAGCAAAACUAAAAGAAAAAAAUAAAUGGUUUGGACCUAGCCCUUAUGUGGAAGUCUCAGUAGAUGGACAGUCAAAGAAGACAGAAAAAUGCAACAAUACAAAUAGUCCGAAGUGGAAGCAGCAUCUUACAGUAAUUGUCACUCCUGUAAGUAAAUUAAAUUUUCGAGUCUGGAGCCAUCAGACAUUAAAAUCUGAUGUCCUUCUGGGAAGUGCUACUCUGGACAUUCAUGAGACUUUGAAAUCAAACAGUAUGAAACUUGAGCAGGUAGUGGUGACAUUGCAUCUUGUUGGUGACAGAGAACCAUCAGAAGUAGUAGGAGACUUGUCUAUCUGUCUAGAUGGAAUGCAGGUAGAUCCUGAACUCCUAACCAAUGGUGAUGCCUCAAGUACAAGAAGUCCUACACAGAAUGAUAUCUCCAAAGUAAAGAAUGAUACACGGACUAACUCAAAUGGCCUUGAAAGCUGUGAAGAUACUACAUCCAAUGAAAACAAGACUGUUAAUGGCAGUGAUUCUCCAUUACUCACAAAUGGAAACUGCAAACCUGCUAGACCUCCCAGGCCUUCUAGACCACCUCCACCCACUCCCCGCAGACCCACUUCAGCAGCUGCAAGUGUAAAUGGUCCUUCAUCGACAUCCACAGAAAAUGAUGGGGCCAGUGCAGGAUCACUGGCAGGUACAGCUGCAAAUACAUCUUCAGAACAAAGCCCUGAGGGGGCAACAGCUGCAACAACAACUCCUGCAACUGCUGCACUCACCACACCUCCAGUAUCAAGACAAGUCCAGCCAGUAAAUCCUCCACCUCAGGCACUUACUACAGUCAGUCAAGGUCCUCUUCCCCCUGGUUGGGAGCAAAGAGUAGACCAACACGGCCGAGUGUACUAUGUAGAUCAUGUUGAAAAAAGAACAACGUGGGAUCGGCCAGAGCCUCUUCCUCCAAGUUGGGAGCGGCGAGUUGACAACAUGGGAAGAAUUUAUUAUGUUGACCACUUCACUAGAACAACAACAUGGCAGAGACCAACGUUAGAGUCUGUCCGGAAUUAUGAGCAGUGGCAGCUUCAGCGCAGUCAGCUUCAAGGAGCUAUGCAGCAAUUCAAUCAGAGGUUUAUAUAUGGGAACCAGGACUUUUCAUCCACACAGAACAAAGAGUUUGAUCCUCUUGGCCCUUUGCCACAUGGAUGGGAGAAGAGAACUGACAGCAAUGGCAGAGUGUAUUUUGUUAACCACAACACUCGAAUCACUCAGUGGGAAGAUCCCAGGAGUCAGGGGCAAUUAAAUGAGAAACCCUUACCAGAGGGCUGGGAAAUGCGAUUCACUGUGGAUGGUAUUCCAUAUUUUGUGGAUCACAAUAGAAGAACCACUACAUACAUAGAUCCCCGCACGGGCAAGUCUGCUCUAGACAAUGGACCUCAAAUAGCUUAUGUGCGUGAUUUCAAGGCAAAGGUCCAUUAUUUUAGAUUCUGGUGUCAGCAACUGGCAAUGCCACAGCACAUAAAGAUUACAGUGAGCAGAAAGACAUUAUUUGAGGACUCAUUUCAACAGAUAAUGAGCUUCAGCCCUCAGGAUCUACGGAGACGUUUAUGGGUUAUUUUCCCUGGAGAAGAAGGCUUAGAUUAUGGAGGUGUUGCAAGGGAAUGGUUCUUUCUAUUGUCACAUGAAGUUUUGAACCCAAUGUAUUGCCUGUUUGAAUAUGCAGGGAAGGAUAACUACUGCUUACAGAUAAACCCAGCCUCUUACAUUAAUCCAGACCAUCUGAAAUAUUUCCGAUUUAUUGGAAGAUUCAUUGCCAUGGCUUUGUUCCAUGGGAAAUUCAUUGACACUGGUUUCUCUCUCCCGUUCUAUAAACGUAUCCUAAACAAGCCAGUAGGACUCAAGGAUUUAGAAUCUGUUGACCCAGAGUUUUACAACUCUCUCAUCUGGGUAAAAGAGAAUGAUAUUGAAGAAUGUGGCUUGGAAAUGUUUUUCUCAGUUGAUAAAGAAAUUCUAGGUGAGAUCAAAAGCCACGAUUUGAAGCCAAAUGGUAGCAACAUUCUAGUCACAGAAGAAAACAAAGAAGAAUACAUUAGGUUAGUAGCAGAAUGGAGACUUUCCCGGGGAGUUGAGGAGCAGACACAGGCUUUCUUUGAAGGCUUCAAUGAAAUUCUGCCACAACAGUAUUUGCAGUAUUUUGAUGCUAAGGAACUGGAGGUGCUUCUGUGUGGAAUGCAAGAAAUUGAUUUGAAUGACUGGCAGAGACACACCAUCUACAGGCACUAUACCAGAACCAGCAGACAGAUAGUGUGGUUCUGGCAGUUUGUGAAAGAAAUAGAUAAUGAGAAGAGAAUGAGACUCCUGCAGUUUGUUACUGGAACAUGCAGAUUACCAGUGGGAGGAUUUGCUGACCUCAUGGGGAGCAAUGGACCCCAAAAAUUUUGUAUUGAAAAAGUUGGAAAGGAAAACUGGUUACCUAGAAGUCACACCUGUUUCAAUCGCUUAGACCUUCCACCCUAUAAGAAUUAUGAGCAAUUGAAGGAAAAGCUGUUGUUCGCAAUUGAAGAAACAGAAGGAUUUGGGCAAGAGUAGCUAAAAUUUGCACCUUUGAAGAAUGUGAACUCAACACGAUGUAUGUUCUUCACUUCUUCUGCUUGUUGCACACUUCAUUGUAAAGUAGACUUGACUUGGAUUUAUUUAACAAUACUAAUGUGUAAGUAAGUGGAUGUUAUCCUGAGGUUUUAUCCACAUUAACUCUGGAUUUCUACUCAGCACUUUCAGAAAUCAAAAGAGCAAUCAGAUAUGGCUACAGAUGAAUUAUGACCUAAGUAGAGGUUUAAUACAGCUUGAGGCUCUGCUUUGUUUUUACCAUUCACUAAUUAGAAUGUGUCCUUAAUGACUGACAGAUUUUUAACAAUAGUUUUGUCUUUCCUUUUUAGUAGCAUUUUUUGCUACUGAUGCACUGGGAAGUUCAUUGGUAGCUGCAAUGCUGCAGCAGCAUCAUAAGCCUCUUUACAGCAGUGUUAUUAGAGCCAGCUUGUAACCAUCCUCUGCGUGCUGUGAGCAAAUUCAUUGCUGAAGCUUUUUUUUCUAAUGCAAGUGUGGCCAGACUGGUUUUUUUUCCCCGCCUGGAGUCUGCACACAUGCCAGCUGGACUCAAGCUGCUGUUCAGGGGAUGUCAAACUGUGGCACAAAUGCAGGGCAUAGCUUUGCUGUGUUGUUUUCCCAGUCUUUGCUCAUUUCAGCAAAAUAGACACCUGCUCAGUUAUUAGAACAUUUUGGUGUGCCCUCAGAAGAAUCUGAUCAUUUUCUCUGUAACACAUUUUACUUUUAAAUCAAUAUUAGCACUGUGGUACUUCCCUUGUUUUGUAAAAGACAAGACCACCUGGGAUUGCACUGAUUCCAUUUAGGUUCCCAUUUGCAGACUGACGUUUCUUGUCAAAAGUGUUAGUGGACAUUAUUCUCAGUAUUAUUCUUACAUGUUGCAGUCAGUUUGCUCUGAGGACUGUUAUUGAGUUCUCGAAGAGGUACAAAACAACUGGCUUCAGAAAAUGACAAUACAGUUUUUGCUGAUGAUCUGUGAUACUGACUAAGGCAUCUAAUCUAAGAGGAUUAGAAAGUUCAGACAUGGAUUACAGAUGUUUGAAAAGUUGAAGCAUCAGUAAAUAGUUCCAUAAAGACUGAAAGGAAGGUUGGGGGGACAGGGGAGGUCUUAAGCUAAUUCACCCUCAGCUGCUUAUAGCUAGUAACUUUUGUAGUGAAUUCCUAUUGGGUUAACACCAUCUUUUACUUCCUUUUUGAAUCUGUUUAUAUUCAAUUCCCUUCUGGUUUACAGUAACAUUUUGCAUUUUACUGCUCCUUUAGACUGAAUGCACUUUUUGGGAAUGGUCAGCUGUUUCCCUGUCUGAAGGGAGGAAAGCAAGCUCCAGUGAGAUGAGCUGUUUGCUGUAUUAAGAGACAGGUCACUUGAAAUAGCACAUGGCACAUGUCACUUCAUAACUGCAGCUGAAAGCAUUGGGAUGAGACCUAGAUCCCAGAGCUGAGACAGGACAGUGGGAAACUGCAAAAACCCAAUUUACAGUCUUGACAAGAAUCUUUUUUUCCUGCUGUCCUUUCUGUCUAAACUAUGAGAGGGAAAAACUGAUUCAGGCCUAAGAAGAACCAAGACACCACAGUUUUUAACCGGCUUCGAGAGUUUUUCAGGUCAUACAAAGUGAUAAAUGCUUAUUGUAAUGCAGAAUGAUUAGACUUUAGAGUGACUAAUUCUUUUGUCAUGCAUCUUCUAAGAAAGCCAUGGAAAAGAGUUUUUAAUUGUAAAGAAAUGACCCUUUCUUGCUGUUUCAUUGGUAGUGAGAAUUAACCUGACUUCGUGGUUUUACUAGAAGGAAACUCUGCCGACUUAAAAACAUUUGAUGGUUAUAUUACAUGUACAGCUCAUGAGGAGAGGAAAAGCCUUAUAAAUAUUUUCUGUUUAUAUUAAUUCUUACAACGAAAUAUAGUUAUCUAACAUAUUUACAAGAGAGAUUAAAUUAAGCAAGAUAAUGCAAGAUUAAGCUAUGAAAAAUAGUCUGUGUUCUGCAUAACGCUUUAUGAUUCAUGUAGGGAACCUAGAACCAUUGUUAAUGUAUAAAUAUCACCCAAAAGGCUUUCAGCCCUAUAUUUUUAAAAUAAAGAAUAGCUAUAAUUAAAAUAGCCUUAGCCCUAGUUCUAUAGGGUAUGGCUGUUUAAUAUUUUUAUGGUUGAAAUGUUUAGUUCAGGAAAAAGGUAAAUGCUUGUAUAUAUUUUUGCAGUCCGGGAUUCCACUUAUUCCAUUCUUCUUUCUUUAAUUUAAAUGGCAUGUUUAUGUGUCUUUUCUGCUGUACUAGGGUAGGGGAAAGGAGGCUGGAUAUCCCAAAGCACCAGAUACAAUUUUAAAAUACUGCAAGUAAAAAAUUCCUUAGGGGAAAAAGCAAAUCUGUGGAAGACAGGAUUUGGCCAAAGCUGAACAAAUGUAAAGCAACUUUACUGUGUGAAAUUGGCGAUAUUUCUGAAGUCAGAGGUUAAGAUUGCUUAGGCAUUUUACUUUCAGCAUUGUGAAUGCUAACAAAACUGUUCCAUUUUUACAGCACGUUGUGUAGAAAUAAAAAAGAAUUGACGUGA